CAGCACGUGCCGAAAUAACACAAAUGUUCUUUGCGAAACGAAAAUAAACACUUUCGUUCUCAACAAAAAUCAUCUCUUUUUUGUGUGAAUUAUUACGAAGCACAGUCGUUUUAUAACAUCCAUUUAGCGAUGACGAAUAUAUAAAGAUUUAUGUUGUGUCCUCAUUAAUUAUAAUACAAUUCACCUGCGUACUAUCUUUGUUCAAGUGUUUUUCUUCUUCUAAUCUUCAUAUCAUAACAAUAAAAAAAAAUGAUUGCGAUAAGAUCAGCCUUGCGAACCAUAUCCCAAACGGCACCAGUUAAAAAACUAAAAUCUUUCCACCGUACUGCCUUCAGCGACAAAUAUCUACUUGUAACAAAUGUAACAAUCUCCCUAAGCCUCUCCUCAACUGGUGACUUCCUUGAACAACAAUACGAAAAGUACUCUGGUGAAUUGGACAAAUGGGAUCGACGACGAACCAUGAAUAUGGGUUUAUCUGGGGUUAGUGUCGGAGUAAUAUGCCAUUUUUGGUAUAAAUACUUGGAUCGACGUAUGCCCGGACGUGGAUUACGAACUGUAAUUCAAAAGAUUGCCUUAGAUCAAUUUAUUUGUUCGCCAGUUUAUAUAUCAGCGUUUUUUGUAACACUUGGCAUUCUCGAACAAAAGACGAGACAACAAGUGUUGGAGGAGAUGAAGGAAAAAGCAUGGAAGUUGUAUGCAGCUGAAUGGGCGAUAUGGCCGCCAGCACAGUUUGUUAACUUCUAUUGGCUGCCGACCAAGUAUCGAGUGUUUUAUGAUAAUAUAAUUAGUUUGGGCUAUGAUGUGUAUGCAUCACAAGUGAUACAUGAUAAUUCUUAAGAAUUUAAGAUAACGUGACCAAAGUGGGCGUUAAUGUAUAAAUUUAGCUUAAAUGAUGGAUUGUAUAUAUUUUUGUAUGGGGAACUUUGUACAGAGCGGGCGUUGAACAUGGGCUUCCAAAUAAAAUGUGAUUUAAAUGCAA